AUGUCGAACCCAGCAUACACCCUCGUCGUCCACCUCUACGCCAAGGACGACCAAGAAGCUAUCAAGAAGUUGUCUGCUAAACUUCAGGAAGCGAGCCAGGUUUACAGUAAUGAUAAGGAGACGUUAGGAUGGUCCGUCAUGCAAGACACCAAGGACCCAAGAGCCUUCACCAUCGUCGAGCGAUAUGCCAAUGAGGGGAGCCAGAAAUACCAUCUCGAGAACCCCUACUGGCAGACCUUCGACAAAUACGUCAUCCCACUUCUGGAUCGCGAGAUGGAUCUCAGGAGACUGAAUGAACUGGACACGAGCAAGCCGGUCAGGGUUGAGAAUGAUGAGGGGCUUUGGGAGAGGGUCAAGAAGCAUCAGACUUACUGA